GUUAGGACGGUGCUCUGCGCAAGGCCCAAGUUGAAACGUGGGCCACCUUUGGCAAACAGCCUUAGUGCUUACCACGACCUCCUUUGCUCGCUCGCUAAGUUUCGAAACUGGGUCGAGUUGAGCGCUUCUCACGCUCAUCGUCCAUUCCCUGGCACGCCUGUGUCUUUGUAAAGAGCUAUGUGGGAUCCUCUCGCCUGGUGAGGCUGAUGGCGCCCCUUGGGACCUGGGCCUGAACCCUUUCGUGGCGUCUUCAGCAUAUCAAUAAUGUCGCAAUAUGAGGGGCUAUUCACUGGGCUGACUCUUUUCCAGGGCGAGCGUCUUUGCUGACUGUCGUCGAGAUAAAUGCUCUAGCCACUUCAUUGUGCGACGACCCCUGCCCUCAAACGCUCAUGGCACGCUCCCAAAGUAUAUUUCCGUCGUGGUGCCAGAGGCAUAUACUCCGGGCAUUUCUGCUUCUAUUUGUGGCGGGCAACCAUUCUUCAGCAUAAUCGUUUACCAAGUCACACUCUUUUUGUUUUUUUGUUUUAUUUUCACGAUGAAUCACAUCGGCGCGGGCCGCCGAGCCUCUCGUUCUUUGUAUGGAAAACUCUUCAAUGUCGUCGGAGAACCGGCUGCGCUCGAUUCCCAGCAAUCCCUCGAUCCUAUCAUCCCGGCCGCGAAAAGAAGUUAUACUGUUCAGAGUCUGUCCAGUCCGCAGGAGAGGUUCAUCGAGUACGAGAAGAUCGAACUGAGCGAUGUAUCGACUCCGAACCCUGCCCCGACAUUCGGCCAGUCCCUCGAGGGGCCCAAAGAAGCAAUCCGCAGAGGGUUCUGGCCAAAUUCGCACAAGCUGCUACCUCAUCUGGUUGCCAGCGCGGUCACGGUAGCAGUUAUCCAGUUGAGUUUCCGCAAUCGGUACUGGAUGGAUCUGAUGGACCCAAAUGUCGAAAUCCUCCCCGGCAUCACCCAGGGCGGCGCAAUGAACGCCCUCCAGCUAGCGGCCAAGCUCCAUGAGUUGAUCCUGGUUGCCUCAUUGGGGACGAUUGUCAUGCACGUCGCCCAGGCACAUUUGGUGGGCAACCAUGGACUGCCGUUGGGAAUGCUCGCCAACAGUUUCGCGAUCGGCUCAGGGGACUACAUGCGGACAAAGGGCUUCUGGUCCUCGAUUUGGACGGGCAAGGCGCACUACUGGCGAUUCUGGCUGCUCUCCGUGCUGGCUACAUUAUUAGCGACAUUGGUUGGUCCGUCUUCCGCCAUUGCAGUCAUCCCGUCCCUCAACUGGUUCAGCGUGGACAAGCCCUUCGACAAUGAUGUGCUCCCCUUUUACAUCUUCAACGAGAGUACUGUCCUAUGGCCAGACGCCGUGACUCGUGCGAGCGAGAAUGCUCCUGAUUCAGGGAUCGACUGCGUUACUGCUGCGAUAACGACCACCGAGCAAGACGCCUGUCCGGCCGGAGGCUUCAGAGACACCUACAGCUGGGUAGGCAAUCUGCUGUUUGCCAAUUCCAGCGCUGGUUCCAACAUCAGCUUUCCUGACGCCCGCGGAGAUACUCGGAGAGUGCUGUCCACGCAGAGUUGCACCAGCGACUUCGACGGCAGGGCAUCCGGCGUGUCGCUGAACAGCUUCAUCACCGGAGCAUUGACGGCUUACUGGACGUUCGCCCAGAACAACUGGCAGGGUCUUGCUCUGAUGACUGCACAGCCUAAGCUCAGUCUCGCUGGGCCCAUCUACGCACCCAAGGUCGAAGUCAUGUGCAACGGGUUCGACUUCUACAAUGUUUCCGAGGUCGAAGCCCGCACCCAUGUCAAUUUUCCCAGUUUCACACCCGACAAGCAGCUUCCCAGCAAGGACUACAUCUUGCCAUACCACAGUACCCUCAACGACACGACAUUCGACUGGGUUCAAAUGCCAGCGGGGGCGGACAAUCCAGCCAUCGGUGCGGCGGUCAGAGUUCCCUGGGAAUAUAUCCAAGUGGACGAUAACAAUCAGCUGAGGCAAGCAACAGAGAUCCAUGCCUGUAGCAUCUACGCCCAAUGGGUUCCCGUCGAUGUCUUCUACGAACCACGGACCAGCGAUCAGGUGGCCUUCAACGUCAAAGGCAAAUUGGCCAACACUUGCCUUUCGCUGCCUCACGAAAAUGCCGCGGUCGAUCAACCCAUCAGGAACAUGACCAUCGACAUGGACUUUGCUAACGCCAUCAACCAGAACAUCACUUUUGUUACAGGAGACACCCCUGCCUUUGUAGGCAUGCUUGAACAAGCAGUCUUCCCGGACGACCGGGUUACGGACGAAGUGCUCAACGCUUUCAAAUCACCAUUUGUCGGAAGCGCUAAGACGGGCGCAAACGCAAACCUCACUGAUGACGAGGUCCGUCAGAGCCGUGCCACGAUGAUAUCAACCAUCUUAGCAGGCGUCAUCACCGAUGGUCUGGCCCGUAUCGCUGGUAACGGACUGUACCCUUACUCCGCUUCCAUGUUCUUGACCAACGAGACUGAGGACGGAAGUCUUGUGGGCAGGUUCCCUGUCAGCACUGCACAAGGCGGUGAAGACACCGUAUUGAAUUCCACUGCCGCCGAUGUCCGCAACUGGCUUCGCAUUGACCCUGUGUUUGACCGCUACGGGUACGGCUAUCGCUGGGAAGGUUCCAAGACCGUCCAGUUUGGAAUCAUUGUCCUUUUGAUUCAUGUCGCUGUUGCUGCCAUCCAUUCCCUGUUCGUCAUCUAUCAGGUCGUCAUCCUGAAGGAAGGGCUGGUGACCUCCUGGACCACAGUCGCAGAGUUGAUAACGCUCGCAAUGAACUCGACGCCCUCACCCAGGUUGCAAGACACUUGUGCAGGGGUUACAGCGGCGAAAACAUGGAGGCAGGUCGUCACUGUGAGGGAGACGUACCCAGGCCAUUUGGAGAUGGUGGUCGGCCCUGAGGAAAAGGCCAAGCACCCGCAAGCCCAGGCAGGGAGGCUGUACGGACACGUUGUGGAAAAACGAGGUAUCGUGGACGAAGGGGAGGCCUGAGCUGAGCCUACGGAGAUGUUGGAAAGGGGCGAGAUGUGAUGGAUUGAGCAGGAUAUGCAUUAUGCCAAGAGUUACGAUGAUUUCUGAAGAUGUGGUGUCUCCAGUCUUUUUCUAGUGUUGAUGGCUGUUUUGUCGUGUUUGAUAGGCGUGGCAGCGAUUGUGUAUAGCGGAUGAUACCCCCCCAAAUUGAGCACCUUUGCACAAUCACGGCGGUGCUAAUCAAACCCUCCUCGCC